AUGCCAAUUAAGUAUAGUUGUUGCAGAGAAGGAGAGUGGCUUGAAGAUUAUAAUAAUUGGUACGACUUGGCUCAGCUCUACUUUUGCACCAAAUGUCAACGUAUCAAAUGUUGGAGAUGUACUCAGCCUGUUAUCAAGGUUAAAUUCUGCUCGAGAUGUUCGCAGAUAACGACGGGCAACAAUUGCCCUAAGCAUUGUUUCAACUGUCCUAAAUGUAAUGGGGCUCUCAAGAUCACUAGUUCUACUGAAAAGGAUGGAAAGUCUUUCAUGUUCAAUUGUCAAUGCGGUUAUAGCUUUGACACUGGUACGAUACACCAACCACAACCAUUGAGUAGAAUCAUUCGCAAUUUGAACAAAAACACGCCCUACUACCAACUGAAAGCUUUUUAUGAAGGUAAAGGAUCUCUUCCAAAACAAAAUGAAGAUGGUGAUCCCUCUUGGGGAACAAACAAACUGCCUAUUCUCGCUCGAGUUCGAAGUAAGAAUGACGUCUACUGCAGAGUUUGCAAAAGCUGGUUGAUAGUACAUAGAGCCGAUGUCUCUUCUACUGCUAAAUUCAAUUCAACCGCUCAAGACUACGUGCCAGAGGUAUAUCUGGAUAGAUCUCAAGAUAAGUUUCUUCUACAUUUCAUCAAUAAUUCCAAAGAGCUAAUGGAUGUCAAAAUCACAUAUUCUCCCGGUACCGAAUACCAUUUUCCAAACACGAAGUUUAAAUUGGGUGCAACAACGGAAAAGCUUGUGGGACAGACGAAAGACUCAACUGCAGAAGUAAAGACUCAAUCUUUAAAUGAAGAUCAAGGGAAUCUAAGAGUUCAAGUUUCAACUACUCCUCCUGAGGUAUCACUCAAUCACGUUAUCAUACCUAUAGAAACCCAAUUGCAAGAGUUUAGCAUACCCAUUCACGUUCAAAUAUCGGGUCAGCUUAGCUUUGGCUUCUCGUGCAUGAAUAUACCAGAAGUGUGA